GUAGUGGAGGCAGGAACUAUACAUAGUUUUAAGACCGAGGUAUGAUGAAGCUCAUGGAGCAGGGAGAGGGAGGACCCAAUAGCGGUCAGUGAAGAGGCGGGGCCAGGAGCUGAGUAUCGACCCUUGCAACCACAAUUAAAGUAUUAUAUCGACAUUCGCCCCAAAAAAUAUCAAGAAGUAGGCCAAGUCGAUUUCACUACUAAGAUGGAGGACUGCAACCCUGAGGAAUGUCAGGUUUGUGUUGACAAUUAUGACCAACAUCUAAGACGUCCACGUUGUCUGCCUUGUGGCCACACGGUUUGCUCCAGAUGUAUUAAUAUUGCAAUAAGGAGGACACAGCUUACCUGCCCCAUUUGCCGCACCAAGCAUAAUGCAAGAAUUGCAGAAGACUUCUCAGUCAACUACAGUUUUGAGAUGCUUAUAAAUAAACACAAAGAUACUCCUUUUAAGGCAGAAGGAAAAGUGUCAAAAAAACAUUAUAAAGUCUGCCAUAAAGGUAUCUUAAAGAAGGUUCUGCCCUUGAUGCGGAAACAGAAGGUUAAUAUCAGCAGCCUUGUUACCAGCUGUAAAGAAGCACUGUCCCAGCUUGUUAAAUACCAAGAACAUUUUAAUGGGUAUAAGAUUCAGCACCACCAACUCCAGGAGAAAAUAAUAGAGCAGAACUCGAGAGCAAUAGGACUCUUGGAACUGGAGGAUACCAGGGUGAUGCAUAUGAUAACAGAAGGAGAGGAGAGACUACAGCAAUUACAGUUCAAUUUGGGGUGCCUUGACACCGGUACCUCUUCAGACCAAUUUUUUACAUCCAUUGAUGAAGCUGAUCAUUGUAAUGAAAUGGUAGAAAAGUGGCUCCAAAGGUACCAGGACAUCUUCCCAGAGGUUAAUGCCAUACAUACCUCAGUAAAGGUUCAGGAGAACAUCAAGAAGGCCCUGAAGAUGAUAUCCAUACAUAUGGGUAACCCGAAAUGGAGUAGAGAUUUGAAUAAACCGAAAUGUAGGACAAAGAUUAAUGAACUGAUACGGUAUAAAAACUUGGAAACCUACAGCUACAAACUCAUGGAGAAAGUUGAAGCAAUUACUCUAAACACCUCAAAGGAGUUGCGUGCUGAGCAUCUACGCAUAUUGAGUGAACCUUUCAAGAAUCUAAUGACCUAUUCCCGGGUGUUUGCUGUUCACCAAACCAAGACCACGAAUUACUAUGCCCGUAUACAGUUAGAAUGGGGAAACCUGUGCUUGGACACACUCAAGAAGCAGCCACUGCCCAUCAAUGCUCACACAAUCCUGCACAGAGACGUGAUGAAUAUGCUGGACCCGUCCUCCCUUGUGGCAUUUCUUGACCUGAAAUAUGAAAACAUUGAAAGAGCACGAGUGUACAUUCGGCUAAGAUCCAAGUCUAGUAUGAGCAGAAUGUUUAGGAAUAUGUGUACAGGUCAUCGAGGUUACACCUUCUACAACACUAAACUUACAUCUGUGGUUGGGAAGGGUGAGCCAGGGGAGUAUGUGGUAGGUGGAGACUACAAUGAAUGGGAUGACCCUAUAACAGAUGCAGGACCAUCAAUGGACUUUGAUGGUAAUGCCUGGGAGUCAAUCAGUGCAGGAGCUGUGUGGCAUGUCCCUUUCAGUAGUACCCUGUUCCACAUCACCACCAGGGACUGUGAGGGUGAUGUGCAUAAAAAUGUUUUUGGUGAGGUGGAACGUGGCCUAGAUGUGGUGAAGGCGAUAGCCAAACUCAAGAAUGUCAGUAAAGUGACUAUAAUAAACUGUGGCAUUGUGCUGCCUUCAUAGUUGACUAUAUAAUGUCGAUGUCAUCAUGAUUCUUUGAAAAUCACUCUCCAUGAUUUAUGUCACUGUAAUUUGGUGAUUGUUAGUGGCACCUGGCAGUGCACUGUUCAUUAGUGACUACUGGCAGUGUACUGCUCGUUAGUGACUACUGGCAGUGUACUGCUCGUUAGUGACUACUGGCAGUGUACUGCUCAUUAGUGACUCCUGGCAGUGUACUGCUCAAUAGUGACUCCUGGCAGUGUACUGCUCAUUAGUGACUCCUGCCAGUGUACUGCUUUUUAGUGACUCCUGCCAGUGUACUGCCCUUUAGCGACUCCUGGCAGUGUACUGCCAUUUAGUGACUCCUGGCAGUGUACUGCCAUUUAGUAACUCCUGGCAGUGUACUGCCGUUUAGUCACUCCUAGCAGUGUACUGCCCAUUGGUGACUCUUGGCAAUGUAUUGCCAGUUAGUAGCUCCUGGCAGUGUAUUACCAGUUAGUCACUCCUGGCAGUGUACUUCCAGCUAGUGACUCUUGCUAGUGUACUGCCUGUUAAUUACUCCUGGCAAUGUACUGCCUGUUAGUGACUCCUGGCAAUGUACUUCCCAUUAGUGACUCCUGGCAAUGUACUUCCCAUUAGUGACUUCUGGCAGUGUACUGCUCAGUAGUGACUUCUGGCAGCGUACUGCUUAUUAGUGACUCCUGGCAGUGUACUUCCUGUUAGUGACUCUUAAUCCUUAAACUGUCCAAACAAAUGUAUGUUUACAUGCGUAGUGCUCCAAAAGUAGAUCUACGUUUUUAUACAUAUUUUCAAAUAUAACAAAAAAAAAACGUAGAUCUACGUUUGGACAGUUUAAGGGUUAAUAGUGUACUGCCAGUUAGUAAUUCCCAUAAUGUCUGCUUUAAAAAAAAAAAAUUUCAACAUGUCAGCUGUCUCCCACCAAGGCAAGGUAACCCAAAAAAAAGAAACACUUAUGCCAUCAUUCAAUACUUUCACCAUCAU